UAAAUGUAUUAUUAGUGAAAAGUGAUUGAAUUUGUAUGAUUUGAUUGGUUUGAUUGCAAUGAUUGUAAUAAAUGGUAUAAAAGUUGAAUGAAUGGUAUGAAUGAUAUGAUAAUAAUAAUGACAACAAAGACAACAAUGACUAUCACUGCCAAAGAGUCAUAUAAUGCUGGAGAUGUCAUCUUGAGAUGUAAACCACUCGUUCACAGUCUUCAUAGUGAUGUUAAGGCCAAACAUUGUGACAAUUGUCUGAAACGGACGGAUCAGUUGUUGACGUGCGACAGAUGCGGGAAAAUGUUUUAUUGUUCAGAAGACUGUCGGAUAAAUGAUUGGACUAAUGGUCACAACGGCGAGUGUCGAGUGAUGGCCAACAAGAGCUUUGAUAUAAAAAUGGAUUCAUUUACCAGACUUUUGAUUCGUCUCUAUCAUUGCGUUGAAUCCAAUACACAGUUUGUCAACAAUUAUGUUGAAACAUACAAUGGAUCAAAGAUUAGACUAAAAGAUAUUGAAGUAGAUUUCCAAAGGUUUUCAAAAGAUGCCAAACGAGUGACAGAAUUCAUGGCAAUCACUGGAAGAUUAAAAUAUUUAAAAGAAAGCUAUGAUAUCAAUGAUCUUCAUCGAUGGUAUGCAUGUCUUCGGAUGAAACUAUUGUAUCCGAUUCAGUACUUAAGCGAAAAUGUAUUUGAGUUGAAUCGAUGUCUUAACAGACCGCCCAUUGCUUUAACUGUCACUCUUGGGAUCAGCGAUUUUAAGCACUCAUGUGUUGCCAAUGCAGCCAUAGUUACAAAUAAUCUUAACAUUGAAGUGCGAGCCAUGAAUAAUAUAAUGAUUGGCGAAGAAAUCACUAUAAAUAGGAUUGAAAUCGAUAAGAGAAGAAGUUAUCGGAAACAAGAAUUGGGAGAAAGGUUUUGGACUGAAUGUCAUUGUUAUCGAUGUCUCUAUCAUUUGGACAAAGACUUGGACUAUAAGAAGUACAACGAGUUAUUGAUUGAUCACAAAAAACAAUGGAAUUCUGCGAAUAACUACAAAACGGCCGAAAGAUUGAACCAAAAGUUUGAAAUGGAUUCGAGUUUUUUAUUACAAAUGCAACUGAUUUUCGGUGAAUACCAUCCUUUCAUAACGACAUCAAUGGUCAACAGUUAUCUAAUUUAUGCAAAAUAUUCUCAUUUGUCAACCAAACCAUUGCUUAUACUUUGGUACAAUCGUAUCAUUGAACACAUUGAGAUUACACAUGGAUUAGGACAUCCAUUGUAUGAAAUGUUUACAAAAGUUUUUAAAAUCACUGAAUUUGAUAAUUGAUUGAAUUAUAUUGUAAUUUCAUUUACAUUUGCUAUUUAUGUAAC